AUGAAGUCGAGGCCGAUAUCCUGUGGCGAACCACACCUCGUACCUCCAUUCCCACCGUUCCUGGAACUCCAAAAUGUCUCGGAAAUUCGAGCGGAGUGGGACAUGUUUGGCCAAAAAUGGCGAGCUCCGACUGACACUGACAGAAUGUUGGAAACUGUAUUUUUCUUCGCCGCCGUCAUGCCAGGUGGUUCUUCCUAUUUGGCCAAGGUCAUGCAUGCUCCACCGAUAGCUGUCAUGCAGCUGUCACGCCUGGUGGGCGUGUUUUCGACUUCUCUUCUUCGGAUCUGCGGUAAGCAAACGUACGAAUCAGGCAAACCCCAUGAUGAUCAGAAAGACGAAGCCUAUGAGUGCCGCGCCUUCGGAAGCUUAACCUGGCAACAUGGCUACAACGGUGUCAACCCCCUCCACAACUGGAACAUUGCUCAUACCCUUUCCAUUGGGGCGAAGACGAAAAGCAUGCUGAUGAAACAACCACGACGACACAAAUGUUUCGAGCCAUCAGACGCAGCCCUAAACUCUUCCAUUCUUCCUGGCUUUUGA